GGCCUGAAGCUGUGGCGCUUGCGCUCUGCUGCUGGCCGACUUCGAAGUCGGAGCAAGAGCCUUCUCUGUGUUUGCGCCCCUUGGCCGCUGGGGGGCGCCAGAGACGCGGCUCCCUUUCGCGUUCCGGAGCGUGACUCCUCCCCUCCUUGGGCAGCCCGGCGCUAGACCCAACGCGGAUCCAAGCACCCCGGGCAGAGGGAGGCUGCGUCUGUAUCCGGGCCCAAGGUCACCGGGCGACCGGCAGAUGCGUGCUGCAGGCUCUGGCCACAUGAGCAGCGCUACGGACGCGACUGCCCCGGCCUUGGAUAUGCCAGAUCGAGUGUCCACCCGUCCGUGGGACUGGUCGCCUGACUCGGCCUGCCCCAGCCUCUGCUUCACCCCGCUGGUGGCCGAAUAGCCAAUGUCUAAUCCCCCACACAAGCUCAUCCCCGGCCUCUGGGGAUUGUUGGGAAUUCUCUCCCUAAUUCACGCCUGAGGCUUAUGGAGAGUUGCUAGACCUGGGACUGCCCUGGGAGGCGCACAACCAGGCCAGUUGGCAGCCAAGACCUCUCCCAUGUCCCUGCUUUUCUUGGCCAUGGCUCCAAAGCGGAAACCCUCAGUACAGACUGAGGGCCCUGAGAAGAAGAAGGGCCGGCAGGCAGGAAGGGAGGAGGACCCCUUUCGCUCCACCGCUGAGGCCCUCAAGGCCAUACCCUCAGAGAAGCGCAUAAUCCGCAUGGAUCCAACAUGUCCACUCAGCAGCAAUCCUGGGACCCAGGUGUAUGAGGACUACGACUGCACCCUGAACCAGACCAACAUCGGGAACAACAACAACAAGUUCUACAUCAUCCAGCUGCUCCAAGAUGGCGACCGCUUCACCUGCUGGAACCGCUGGGGCCGUGUGGGAGAGGUCGGCCAGUCAAAGAUCAACCACUUCACAAGGCUAGAAGAUGCAAAGAAGGACUUUGAGAAGAAAUUUCGGGAAAAGACCAAGAACAACUGGGCGGAGCGGGACCGCUUUGUGGCUCACCCGGGCAAGUACACACUUAUCGAAGUACAGGGAGAGGAUGAAGCCCAGGAAGCUGUGGUGAAGGUGGACGGAGGCCCAGUGAGGACUGUGGCUAAGCGGGUGCAGCACUGCUCCCUGGACCCAGCCACGCAGAAGCUCGUCACUAACAUCUUCAGCAAGGAGAUGUUCAAGAACACCAUGGCCCUCAUGGACCUGGAUGUGAAGAAGAUGCCCCUGGGAAAGCUGAGCAAGCAACAGAUUGCACGGGGCUUCGAGGCCUUGGAGGCGCUGGAGGAGGCCCUGAAAGGCCCCACAGACGGUGGCCAAAGCCUGGAGGAGCUGUCCUCCCACUUUUACACUGUCAUCCCACACAACUUCGGCCGCAGCCGGCCCCCGCCCAUCAAUUCCCCUGAGCUUCUGCAGGCCAAGAAGGACAUGCUGCUGGUGCUGGCGGACAUCGAGCUGGCCCAGGCCCUGCAGGCAGCCUCUGAGCAGGAGAAGAUGGUGGAGGAGGUGCCACACCCCCUGGACCGAGACUACCAGCUUCUCAAGUGCCAGCUGCAGCUGCUAGACUCUGGAGCACCUGAGUACAAGGUGAUACAGACCUACUUAGAACAGACUGGCAGCAACCACAGGUGCCCUACUCUUCAACACAUCUGGAAAGUAAACCGAGAAGGGGAGGAAGACAGAUUCCAGGUCCACUCCAAACUGGGUAAUCGGAAGCUGCUGUGGCACGGCACCAACGUGGCCGUGGUGGCCGCCAUCCUCACUAGUGGGCUCCGCAUCAUGCCACAUUCUGGUGGGCGUGUUGGCAAGGGCAUCUACUUUGCCUCAGAGAACAGCAAGUCAGCUGGAUAUGUUACUGGCAUGAAGUGUGGGGCCCACCAUGUUGGCUACAUGUUCCUGGGUGAGGUGGCCCUGGGCAGAGAGCACCAUAUCAACACGGACAACCCCAGCUUGAAGAGCCCACCUCCCGGCUUCGACAGUGUCAUUGCCCGAGGCUACACUGAGCCUGAUCCGACCCAAGACACUGAGUUGGAACUGGAUGGCCAGCAAGUGGUGGUGCCCCAGGGCCAGCCUGUGCCCUGCCCAGAGUUCAGCAGCUCCACAUUCUCCCAGAGCGAGUACCUCAUCUACCAGGAGAGCCAGUGUCGCCUGCGCUACCUGCUGGAGGUCCACCUCUGAGUGCCCGCCCUGUCCCCCAGGGUCCUGCAAGGCUGGACCAUGAUCUUCAAUCAUCCUGCCCAUCUCCGGUACCCCUAUAUCACUCCCUUUUUUCAAGAAUACAAUACGUUGUUGUUAAUUAUAGUCAUCAUGCUGUACAAGAUCCCUGAACUUAUGCCUCCUAACUGAAAUUUUGUAUUCUUUGACUCACAUCUGCCCAGUCCCUCUCCUCCCAGCCCAUGGUAACCAGCAUUUGACUCUUUACUUGUAUAAGGACAGCUUUUAUAGGUUCCACAUGUAAGUCAGAUCAUGCAGUGUUUGUCUUUCUGUGCCUGGCUUAUUUCACUCAGCAUAAUGUGCACCGGGUUCACCCAUGUUUUCAUAAAUGACAAGAUUUCCUCCUUU